UUUUCAAAUAGUUGUAUCUCAGCCAAUAUUGUCCUAUCAUAACAAACCAUGCAUCAAUGGAAAGAUUAAUUAUUCAGCUUUCAGAUGAUGUAUAAACCUCAAUUUCAAAAUGAUGACUGGUUUUGUGGUCCAGGGUCACAUUUAGCCAGCGGGGGUGUGUGUGAGCGCUGAAUGUGUUUCUAUGCCAGUGUGUGUGUGUGUGUGAUCGCUGGGUGGAGCAGCAGUGUACGGCAGGUCUCGUCUCUCAUUGCGGCGGCUGGAGAUCUAUCGAGCGGCGGCGGAAUGUCGCUCCGCUGACCGUGUGCGUGAAGAGCAGGUGGAGGAAGAGGAGGAGGAUGAUGAUGAUGGAGGAAUCCGACAGCAUCCCCUGCACCGCGGAGGACGGACUCCUGUCGAGCUGGAGAUGGAACAGAACCGCCAGGGAUCAGGUCCAAAUCAAGCAGAAGAUCCGAGAUCUGCCCGGAUUAUUAAAGCACGGACUGAACCUGCGCAAAAAGAGCCAGUCACCUGACACCAUCCCAGGACCCAGCGCGGGUGUCACACCCAAACCCAAGGCAUGUUCUCAGAGUUUUCCCUGCGCUGGACGUGCGCUGAGAAACGCCUUUCUGUCUCAUGGACCGUAUCCAGCAAAAGACAAGAUCCACCUCGCCAGGAUCAUCAGGAGGAGUUAUGUCGGUGUGGAGCUGGUCCAGUGGCUCCUGGAGCAGUGUGUGUCGGUUCAGUGCAGGUUAAUGGCGUCUCGUGUCUGGCAGGUGCUGCUGGAGCUGGGGAUACUGCACUCAGUCGACCAGCGGCUGGUGUUUGAAGACUCCAACACGUACUAUCAGUUCUCGUUCGAGGAGUGCGACGCUCAGGGCUGUGAAUUUCGCAACGAGGAGGAAUGGCAGAAUGGCGUCCGUCUUCUGCUGCAGCUCGUGCCCUACGUCCAGUUCAGGGUCGUCAGCCCACCCGAGGAAGACCCGGACAGAAAGCGUGAUAUCUGCAGCGAGAUCCUGCAGAUGAAGGCUCUGGAGAGACUCACGUCCACGGUGCAGAAUGAACUCGCUGCUGCUCUCGCCAGGAAAGCCAAGAAGUCCAUGUCAGAAGACGAAAGCUCAGAGGCAUCAGACGCUUCUCCUCAAGAACCGCAGAAACCCGCUGAAGACAAAAGCAAGCAGGCGGGCGUCUGCGCUCUCCGGGCUCCAGAUGACUUCUCGCGGCUGGAGAUGGUCCAGCGGCUGGCUAAAGACGGCUAUCGCUUCCUCCAGAACCAGAACUACCGGGUCCCGGACCGCUCCGCUCAGGCGCAGGGCGAGGGCGUCGUGCGCGUCUGUCUGAAGGAGAGGGGUCAAGACGUGCUGGUUCUCCAGAGAGUCCCAUCAGAUCCAGCGUCUCCGCAAACGGCCGGAGUCAAAGACGAGGACAGCGAUAAGAGGUACGUGGUUGUGUCCGGGACGCCCCAUAAGAUCCUGGAGCACCUGCUGAGCGACCUGCGUCUGGACGAGCAGCAGGGGGCGACGGAGAGCAAAGAGGCGGAAAUGCUUCUGGAUGACUUCCUGCUGACGUAUCUAGUGUUCAUGUCCACCAGUGAGCUCUGCCAGGCCCUGCUGGGACACUACUGUACGAAGCGCUGCCGAGAAGAGGAGGGAAAGGAGGCCCUCUACAGGAAGAGGAAAGUACUGCACCUGGUGUCUCAGUGGAGCACGCUCUACAAGGACUUCCUGCGAGAGGAGGAGAACGUCAAGCUCUUCAUGAAGACGUUGUAUCGGUACGUGCUGGAAGACGUUUAUGAGUUCCCCAUGCUGGAGAAGGACCUAAAGGAGUUCCAGAAACUUCUGCGACGGAGACAUACGGUGGACGAUUAUUCUCCACACCAAAAGAGUAAAGCGCUGUACCAGCAGCUGAGUCUGAAGGAGAACUGCGUUCCUCUCCGAGCAUCUCCAGUCGAGAGCAAAGACGUGAUGUGCCGUGUGUAUGUGAGCUGUGAUUCGUAUCUGAGCAUGCGGGUGAAGCCUGCGGUCGUGGCUCAGGAGCUGCUGCACAUCGUCUCUCAGCGGAUGGAGCGAUCUGAGGACGACAUGAUGCUGGUGGCACAGACCUACAGCGGAGAGAAGCGUGUUCUUCAGCCGCAUGACAGUAUUUACUCUGAGUCUCUGGUGCCACCGGGAAGACUGAGCGCCUGUCGCAGAGACCUCAGCGAGAUACUGCCGCCGCUGACUGAGUGUCCAGAGCUGGGACAGAAGCCCGUCAGACUGCUGGGCAUCAACACGUGGGACGUCGCUGUGGCUCUGACAAACUUUGACUGGAGUCUCUUCAACUCCAUCCACGAGCAAGAGCUGAUCUUCUACACGUUCAGUCGUCAGGCGAGCAGCGGACACACGGUGGCGCUGGAGUUCCUGCUGCAGCGCUGUAAUGAGGUUCAGCAGUGGGUGAUGUCUGAGGUGCUGCUCUGUCCCUCGCUCAGCAAACGAGUGCAGCUCCUCAAGAAGUUCAUCAAGAUCGCCGCGCACUGUAAAGCGCAGAGGAACCUCAACUCCUCGUUUGCCAUCAUCAUGGGUUUAAACACAGCCGCCGUCAGCCGUCUCAACCAGACCUGGGAGAAAGUUCCUGGAAAGUUCAAGAAGCUUUUCUCUGAGCUGGAGCUGCUGACUGAUCCAUCCAUGAAUCACAAAGCCUACAGAGACGCUUUCAAGAAAAUGAAGCCGCCCAAAAUCCCCUUCAUGCCUCUGCUGCUCAAAGAUAUCACCUUCAUCCACGAGGGGAACAAAACAUUUCAUGAUAACCUGGUGAACUUUGAGAAGCUGCACAUGAUCGCCGAUACGGUCCGACUCAUUCGCCACUGUCAGACGGAUCAGACAGGGAACGAGCUUUCUCCGUGUGACAGUCCUGAGGUGCGCUCCAGCGUCCAUUACCUUCACAUCAUCGACAAUCAGCAGACGCUGUUCGAGCUGUCGCACAGACUGGAGCCCCGAGUCUGAGACACACACAGAGAAAGAGCGCCACCUGCUGGACAGAUUCAGACUGAAUCAGUGACUCUCUCAGAGCCGCUCAAGCACACCGCUUGUGUUCGGACAUCAACACUUCUUUCUUAAUGUAAAAAAUGACUGGUGGUCGAUGAAAGCUUUUUCCUGUCCGUGGGAAAAAUGUGAACUUUUUCAGCAUUGUUUUGUUGAAAUGCAGUUGUCAAUGUUAUUUAACGUCUACCAGCACUCUGGACCAUAUUUAUAUAUGAAUUUAAUAUUUCAGAUUGUUAGGGCUGGGCGAUAUGAUCAUAAAAUAAUAUAUUAAAAUUAAUAUUUUAAUUUUUAAAAAUAUAUAAAAUUUUAAUAUUUAAUUUUUUCAGCCUUUUGACCAUGUUUAGUGUAUAUUGAUAUUUAUAUAUUUGGAUUUAAAGGCUGAUUUAUUUUAGUCAGAGGAUCUGUAACCAGUUUGAUUAAAAAUGUAUAAUGCAAUAUUGAAAAUACAGUAAAAAUCAUGUGAACACAAGAACUGAUAUAACAAAACAUAAACAGCAAUAUUAACGUACAAAAAAAAACAACAUUAAAUCAUUUGAAUUGAUUCAUUGAACUGAUUCAUUAAAAUGAAUCAGACUUGCUUUUUGAGGUCUGAAGUUCAAAUCAGAAACGUAAUGGCCACGUAAUAUCAUCACACUGUUGUUUCAGUUUUCAGUGUUGUGACAGUUUGAAAUGAUUCAUGGAAAUUAAUCAAACUUAAUUGAAUAGAAUUAAGAAUAGUUAUCUUGCUUCAGUUUAUGAAAUUUUAUAAACACCAGAGCAAAUAUAACAUGCAAAUGGAUCAUUGAAUCAUUUAAAUCGAUUCAUUGAUAUGGACAGUUUGAACUGAUUCAUGGAAAUGAAUCAAACUUAUUUGCUUUUCGCUGCUAUUGAGGUUCAAAUAAACUUAACGGCCAAAUAAAACCAUCGCAGUUUUGCUUCAGUUUAUGAAUAUAUGAUAUAUUGUAAACACAUAAACGAGUAUAACGUGCAAACAAAUCACUGAAUCAUUUGAAUCAAUUCACUGAAACUGAAAGUUUGAACUGAUGGAAAUGAAUCAAACUUACGUGUUUGUUAAAAUUACAGACUUAAAGGUAAAAUAACAUUGCUUCAUUUUAUAAAUGUAUGAAAUUUUCUUAACAGAAUAUAUAUAUAUAUCGCCCGGCCCUACAGUAUGAACUGAGAGUGAAGGAACAAACACACCGGUGUCAAAGGUCAUGAUGAUGUCAUAUAGAGCCACUGAAUCCUGUUCCUCUGAGAUCACGCUGCGUGAUUUUCUUUGAUGUUUGAUAUUGGAGCUCCUCCAGCCAGUGACAUGCAGUGGCGUGAUCGUUCCUGUGAGCUGACAGUAUUAUUUCCUCGGAGCCGAGGCUCUUGAAGAUGUUCGUUUCGUGGAGUUUUUGCCCUUCACUCGCUCGCAGCGCUGAAGCUCAUGCAUGCAUCUGUAUUUGCACUUACAUCUCUGUUUGUACAUUAUCGUGUAAGAAUGUAGAUACGUUUAUAUCUGUAAAGAAACGUGGGUUUCUGUGCCAAGCACUAUUCUGGGAGAGCAAUGCAAUACGAGGAGAUUUUAAUAUUGUCCAAUGUUUUGUAAAAGCCUUUAGCUGCAGCUAUGAACCCAUGGGAUCUGAGUUGAUUACAUCCGUUCUGAUACCUGAUUUAACGGGAAUUGUGGGUUUGUAAACGAUCAGCUCAGGAAAGCGUGAGUUUUAGGCCGCAGGAUUUGACAGUAUUUGUGAAAUACUGAACUUCAUCAGUUUCUUCACUGCCACCUUCAUUCACAGACACAGAAUGUGCUGUGACUGAACACACACUGCUUUUCUUAUAUAUAUAUAUAUAUCUAUGGCACUUGUGUUAUUUUGUGACAGACUGUGUGCCGUUCACUGAUAGAGAUGGGGAUCAAAGUUUAGCUGUCUGAUGCUUUGGUGAAUCUCACAAAAAAUAUGUUUAGUCACACAUUUCACCUCAAAGAGUAAUAAGUAAAUAAAUAAUGAGAAACAUUCUGUCCCAACACAUUUUUUUUAUUUUUUUAUUAUUAUAUUUUAGGAAAUUAUGUAAAGUACAACAAAUGUCUGGGUCAAAUAAUGAAAAACAUCCUGUACCCAAUACAAUUAUUCUUUUAUUUUAAUUUUUUUACUUUUUUAAUUUCCCCCUUUUAUUGUUAUUUUAUUUUAUAAAAUUAAAUUCAGCACAACAAAUGGUUGGGUCACACAUUUUGCCCCAAAGAGUAAGAAGUAAAUAAAUAAUGAAAAAUGUCCAUCCACAAAAUGUUUCUUUAUUUAAUUUUUAUUUAAUUUUUUAAUUCUAUUUUAUAAAAUUUAAUUCAGUACUACUACAUGUAUGGUUUACAAUUUAAAUACUUUUUAAUAAGUUUGAUUUUUUUUUUUUUUUUUUGUAAAAUUAAAUUCAGUACAGCAAAUACUACCAUGAUGUAAGGAUCACAAUUUAAAUAUUUUUAUUAAUUGUAUUUGUUUUAUUAAUUUGUUUUGUUUAUUUAUUUAUUUGGGGUGAAAUAUGAGCUAGACCUUUUUUUAAAUUUAUGUAUAUUUAUAUUUUUUUCUUUAAUUAUUAUUAUUAUUAUUAUUUUUUAUUUUUUUUUUACAAAAUUACAUGACGUUUCACAAUUCUAAUAAUUAUUAUUUUUUGCAAUUUAGGAGGGUUUUUUAUGUGAUUAACUGUCAUGAAAGUGAUGUCAUAAUGUGACAAAAUAUUUUAUGUGAAAAUGUAGUCUGAAUUAUAUUUAUGUGAAUAUAUACCUUUUUGGACAGUUUUUGUGAGAUUCACUGAGUUCAGUGAGUUAUUUUGAGGUUUGCUCACUCAGAGGGUCCUGGUGGGUUUCGGCUGGUCUUGUGCUGUAAACGUGAACAGAUUAUUUUCUUUAUGGAUGAAGCUGAUCUGACCUGCCGUUGUCAUCAGGAGCACAGAAAGCCACUGAGAAGAAGACUGAUGUUUUGGGGUGUUGUUGUAAUCUGCAAAUGUAAAUAUAGAUAUGCUCUGAAUAUAAGACUUAAUGUUAAAAAAAGACAGAGAUUCAAAGCAAUAUAUUUACAGUCUGUUGCUAUAGAAACCACACACAAGUCUUUUCUAUAACCUGCAUUUUUACAAUAAUGUUCAAAAGCAAAUGUCAAUAAAAGAUUUAUGUA